AUGUUCAUCCUGACAAAAAUUGCGGACCUGGUCCAGAUCACACCCGAAGACUUCCACAAGAAAAGCAGCGAUGCUAUUGAGGACAACAUUAAUGCCAAAUACGCCAACAAGGCAGGUCUCAUGCUCAGUUUGGAUUUGGCGACACACAUGCUGACUGUCACAACACAACAGGUGAUCCAAAAGAUCGGCCUCUGUAUCUGCCUAUACGACCUCUUGUGGGCAUCAGAAGGCUUGGUCCGGCAGGGGACAGGAAACGCCAACGUGAACGCCGAGUUCCGCCUCGUUGUCUUCCGCCCCUUCAAAGGCGAGGUCAUCAUGGCCAAGAUCUCCAAGUGCACACCAGAAGGCAUCCACGUGCGCACGGAGUUCUUCAGCGACAUCUUCGUCGAGGCUGAGGAGCUGCCGGACGGGUGCCAGUUCGACCACAACGAGCAGCUCUGGGUCUGGAACAACGACGAGACGGGCCCAAUGUGGUGGGACGUCCACGAGACGGUCCGCCUUGCUGUCAUCGGCGAGGAGUGGCACGACCAGACGCCCACCAAGCCCACCGUCGCACCCGGCGAGGACCAGCCCGAAGAGCAGAGGAAGCCGCCAUAUGUCAUCAAGGGGAGCAUGAAGAACCCGGGUCUGGGAUGCACGCUCUGGUGGGAGUUCUGA